CUGUGACCAUAUUUGCUUCUCUCUCCUCUUCUCUUCCUUCUCUUCUCUGUGCGUGUACGUGUUUGACUGUUUGAAGUAGAUAACUGGGGAUCAUUGCUUUCGGAAGUUCUUUCAGGAUUUACAGAAACCCAUCUCCAAAGAUAGAUACAUACAUACAUAUAGAAGUGUUGCUGUAAACAUGGGAGAAGAUUUACUUGCUGGUUUAUCAAUGGAGAAUUAUCACCCAUCGACGUUUCUAUCCAUGGAUUCGAUUGCUGGAAAUCAUGAAGAAACCGACCGAGAUAUGAAUAGGCAGGUUCCUCUAUCUCGUCCUCCAGAUAUCAAUCUGCCUCUAUCAGCUGAACGUAGUCCUCCCCCACCUUCAUAUCAUGAUGCUUUCGAUAUGCUUGAUGUUGGACUUGGACAUCAAAUCAAUGAUUCUGAUCCCCUCAUGUGCUUGACAAAAAACGGCAGGAAAUGCGCUAGAAGGACUGACAGUGUUUGGGGUGCUUGGUUUUUCUUUACCUUCUAUUUCAAGCCAGUUCUGAAAGACAAGUCGAAAUCUAUUGUAACCAGAGACUGUAACAAUGGAGUGUCCGGAUUCGACAAGUCAGACCUCCAGCUCGAGGUGUUUUUGGUUCAACAUGAUAUGGAGAACAUAUACAUGUGGGUGUUUAAGGAGAGGCCAGAUAAUGCUUUAGGGAAAAUGCAGUUAAGGAGUUAUAUGAAUGGGCAUUCUCGCCAGGGAGAUCGUCCAUUUCCUUUUAGCGCGGAUAAGGGUUUUGUUCGAUCACAUAGAAUGCAGAGGAAACAUUACAGAGGGUUGUCGAAUCCUCAGUGCUUACAUGGGAUUGAGCUUGUUCGAUCGCCAAACCUUAUUGGAAUUGAUGAAGAAGAUCAGAAGAAAUGGAUUGAGCUUACUGGUAGAGAUUUGAAUUUCACUGUCCCUUCUGAAGCAAACGAGUACAGUUCGUGGAGGACCCUGCCAAAUACUGAUUUCGAGCUUGAUAGGCCGAUUACUUCUGUAAAGAAGAAACCCGUUCAUGGUUCUGGUUUGAAUUUAUCGGGGCAGCCAUCAAAUCACACAAACGGUAGUUUAAUGGAUCAUCAUCACUCGCACUUGUGUAAUAACAAUAAGAGGAAGAAAGAUCUCUUCCCACAUGGUGGUAACGAUGAGGAUUGUUGUUUCCCUUUAAAUCCACAUUCUGAACGACAUCUAGAUAUCGAUAUGAAUCCAGUUGAACCGGCUUGGAUGAACGAAUUCAGCGGUGUGAUGAGGAACAACAACACAUACGGUCCUGCUACAGCUGCCAAGACUUUAUAUGAAGACGAAGAAGGAUACCUAAUCAUCAUCUCCUUACCAUUAUCAGAUCCAGAAAAAGUUAAAGUUCAUUGGUGGAACAGUCUAACUCACGGAAUCAUCAAGAUCUCAUCUGUGAGCACGGCUGGCUUACCAUUUAUCCAGAGAAACGAUAGAACGUUUAAGCUCACCGACCCGUCACCAGAGCAUUGCCCACCUGGCGAAUUCAAACGGGAAAUCCCACUUCCCACUCGAAUACCCGACGAUGCUAAACUUGAAGCUUACUUUGACAAAAGUGGAACCGUUCUUGAGAUAAUGGUGCCAAAACAUAGAGUUGGACCCGAGGAGCACGAAGUACCGAUUUGCCUUCAUCCGCCUAACGAUUUCCUGUUAUCUUGACUGAACAUCCGAACAAUGGAGAUGGGGAAUGUAAUGUUAUUCUUAUUCUUAUAAUAUCUAUAAAUUCUUUCAUGAUUACUGAAUAUGAUAAUAGUCUUUGUAGUUUUGGAUUA